GUCAGCCAGUCGAUGGCCGAGCCUUCUGAAUGACAGGUUUUGGAAACGAUUGCCGAUAGCAAGCCUGGCGGCUCCGACAGACCUCUGAUCAGAUCUCAGAUGUGAGAGGCACGAAACUAAAGCGAGAAAUGGAGCGGCUGGUUGUGCUGGAUGUUGCCGGACUAGAGGAGCCGCAGCGGGGUUUACGGAUACUUGAAUGGCUCCGGUAUCUGAGGAUGGUGCUGCCCGUUACAGCCCGGACUGAAGUGAAGCAGAACCAGAAACAGUUGGUGGAACAAUUGACUUUAAUAAUGAUGGGAUCCCCUGGUCCUCCGGUUCGUCAGCUCCUGGCUCACAAUCUUGCCGUUGUUUACAGCGCGGGAGACACUUUUUCUGUGUAUGAGACAAUUGACAGAUGCAAUGAGCUGAUCCGCAGCAAGGAUGAUUCUCCCAGCUACCUUCCAAACAAGCUGGCUGCGGUUGCCUGUCUUGGAGCACUUUACCAUAAGCUGGGCCGUCUUCUAGGAAGCACCUUCAGUGACACUGUCACCAACCUACUUAAAAUUCUGCGAAGUGCAGAGUCUCAGGGAAGAACCGAGAUAAUGCUCAGUCUCGAAAGAAUUGUCGCUGGUCUUGGAACUUCUGUCUCCUCCUGCCAUCGAGACAUCUACAAGGCUGCACGCUCAUGUCUGAUGGAUCGAUCCAUGUCUGUGCGCUGCGCAACUGCACAGUGUCUACUGGCUAUUCAGAAUGAAGCAUCUUUCAUGUCGGGCUCUGACCUUGAGAGCUUAGUUUCUCUUUGCUUCAAGGCCUUUGAAGGCAGCAGCUACGAUGUACGUCUAGAAGUAUCUCGUCUCUUAGGAAAGGUUCUAGCAAGGGCUGUGCAUGGAACAUCCUCUUCAAGACAAAGUACACGCAGAUUAUCCGUGGAAGAUGCUCUUGGUCUGUUAUCCACUGGAUUCCUACGUGGAAAUUCUGGGUUCCUACGAGGUGGUGGAGACAUGCUGGGAGGAAGUAGCAGUAGCACUCGCCAUGUGAGGCUGGGAGCAACUCAGGCUUACGUCAUUUUUAUCAGCACACUUGGAGGCCAAUGGCUAUCCAGAAAUAUCCCUUUGCUCUUGACUCAUCUUUUGGACAUCGUGUCCCAUCAGAAGGCAACUCACAUACCCGUGGAAGCUGCUUGUGCUAGACGUUGCAUCUCCUACAUCCUCAGAGCCACUUUAGGGGAACUGCUGGGAGAGAAGGCCCAGCUGGAAGCUGUCAGAGACAUAAGUGAAGUCCUUAAGAAGCUCAUGAAAUCUGUGGAUGCUGUACUAAGUGACAGUAACGUGGAGACACGGUUCUGCCAUACUGAUAUUGCUACCAGUCAGAAUGCAUUGGUCUGUGCCCUGCAAGAGCUUGGUGAUCUUAUCUUAGGAUUGGGUACCACAGCUGCUCCUUUGCUGCGGGACUCAAGCUUUGGGCUCCUGGACACUGUGAUCUCUGUAGUUCUCCACCCUAGUCUAAGUGCCCGCUUAGCUUCAGCUUGGUGCCUUCGCUGUGUCGUUCUUUCUCUGCCUUCUCUAGCAGCCCCUCUUUUAGAUCGUUGUACAGAACGUUUGAUAGCCCUGAAAUCCUCUCCCGAGGCAGUUAGUGGGUACAGUCUGGCCGCAGCUGGCCUUCUGGGCUCCAUUAGACUAUGUCCAUUUGGCGUGCCGCAGGGGAAAGGAAAAGCAAUAAUGAGUUUGGCCGAAGACCUUCUGUGCUCUGCAAACCAAAACAGUCGUGUUUCUAUGCAAAGAGUACAGGCAGGCUGGAUCCUGAUUUCCUCUCUUAUGACUUUAGGCCCCGCAAUGGUCCAACCUCAUUUAAGACGACUUUUGCUUCUCUGGCGGAGUGUCUUCCCACAAAACCCUAAGGACCUGGACAUGGAGCGCAGUAGAGGGGAUUCUUUCACCUGGCAAGUAACUUUAGAAGGACGAGCAGGUGCCAUGAGUGCUAUACAUAGCCUUAUGUUACAUUGUGGAGAUCUCGUGACUGAAGAGGUUUUGGAGAAGCUCCUUCCUCCUCUUCCAUUCGCUGUAGCUUUGCUUGCCCAAUUACCCAGCCUACAGAAGCUGUAUGGAAACUCUUUAAAGGCUUGCUCCGUGUUGUACCGACAAAGGCUUUACCAGUUGCUAAUUUCGAUGCCAUCGAAAGCAUAUCAAGGAAGCCUUUGUGCAAUUAUAAAGGAACUGGUUGCAGAUCUGUCUGCCCCUGACUACAUGCCUAGCGGAGCUGUAUUCCUACUGCCAUCACUUUGUCAUCCUGAUGAUUUAAUACUCUUGGGUCCCUUGCUUCAGGAGAGCGAUCAUAGAGCUAUAGAAGAGCAGUUCCUCAUCAGUAAUGGGAUUCCUGGUGGUAGUUUGGAAUAUGACCCCCAUGCCAUCUACCAUAUGCCCUCUGAAGGAGAAUCUGUUCCUAGCCCUCUGCCACCAGCCUUUAUAGUCAUUCAAGCUGCGGCCUCGCUCUUUGGAGUUUUGUUGUCCAAUAUGCCGGAGUCACAGAGAACUCAGAUAUUGGAUCAGUUGGUGGAUGCUAUCAAGCAGUCAAAGGGCUCCCGUCAGCAGAGUGUGCAGUUAUCUGCCUUGGCUGCUUUGUGCUGCUUCCUUAAACACUUGGCCUCCAACCACAUUAAUCUAGGGCCGGAGGAAACACGAAGACCAUGUCUAUCCUUGAUUGUAGGAGCACUGGAGAGUAGAAACCCAUGGCUGCGUUGUGCUGCUGUGGAAUGUAUGGCCAGGUUGGCCAAUGUAGUGUCUGAACCUUUAUAUACUUCUAGUUUAGCUCAAUCAAGCUUUGACAAGUUGAAGGUAGCUAGAGAUGUGGUGGCCAGAACAGGUCACUCCUUAGCCUUAGGUUCUUUGCACAGGUACCUUGGAGGGAUUUGCUCUACACAGCAUUUAGCGUCCUGUGUUGCUGUGUUGCAUUCGUUGUCUCAAGACACUACAUCUCCUGAAGUUCAAACCUGGGCACUGCACUCCCUUUCCAUAGUCAUUGAUUCUUCUGGACCAUUAUAUUAUGUCCACAUAGAGCCGACACUGUCACUCCUUUUGACUGCACUGCUUAGCACUCCUCCAUCACAUGCAGAGGUCCAUCGCAGUUUAGGGCGCUGCUUGAGUGCUCUUCUGAACACACUUGGACCAGAACUCCAAAGCCGGGGGGAAUUGGUGGUGUCACAAAGGAACUACUGCUUGCUAGCUUGCUCUGUGAUGCAGGAGAAUGCUGACUGUUUGGUCCAGGCCCAGGGUAUCGCUUGCUUACAACAGCUUCACAUGUUUGCCCCUAAACACGUCAACUUGUCCAGUUUAGUUCCAACCUUAUGUGUUGUAUUGCUGGAUAAUUCUAUGUUGGUUCACUUGUGUAGCCCUCAUUUGAUCUUACGCCGGGCAGUGUUAGCAUGCCUGAGGCAGCUUGCACAACGAGAGGCAGCAGAGGUGUCAGAGCAUGCUAUGGCUAUGGCCAAAGAUGGCGAAGAGGAGUUCAGAAUGGAUGUGAAUAUGCGAGAACUUGGCUUGGAAGGAGUUUUGCUGACCCUUUUGGACAGAGAGACUGAUCCACAACUGUGUCAAGAUGUGAAAGAAACCCUGCUUCACAUGCAGAGUUGUACAGGACUCAGUCGUCUUUCUUUCUGGUUAAAAUUGCACAAAGACAUUCUUUCUGCUUCUGCAGAUUUUGCAGCGGUGGCCUCAGUGGAUGCUACUCAAGAUGAAGACACUGAGCAAUCCUGCUCUGACUCUGUGCUAACAUCUAAGAAAGAAGAGUCCUCUACCCUGUCAGUUAGUCCACGGUGGCACACCAGAGUGUUUUCAAUGGAAUGUGUUAGUAUGCUAGUUUCACAAUGUGUUCGCGAGGGAGGUGCCCACUUCAACAUGGCUGAGGCCCAGGAGAUGAAGCAUAAAGAACCAGACAGAGAUUUCCUGGUUCUGCAUUUGCAAGAUCUGGUUCGGAUGUCAUUUAUGGCUGCCACAGAUCACAGUGAACAGCUCCGUAUGGUUGGGCUUCAGGCACUACUUCUGGUCAUACAAUGUUUUUCCUCAGUGUCUGAACCUGAAUUUCCUGGUCAUCUUAUACUAGAACAGUAUCAAGCUAAUGUAGUAGCUGCAGUAAGACCAGCGUUCAACUCAGAUACUCAUCCUGAUGUGACUGCUAUGGCCUGCCAGGUUUGCAGUGCGUGGCUGGCUAGUGGAGUUGUGAAGGACGCAUCAGACUUGCAGAGAGUUCAGCAGCUGCUGCUUUCUUCUCUAAGCAGAGUGCAAGUGAUGAAAGAGACCUCAAGUGUAUAUUGUGAAAGCACCACGACCAUGGAGACACUGGCUGUACUGAAGGCCUGGGCAGAAGUCUAUAUUGCAGCAGUGGAAAGAACAGAAGGAAGGUGUGCUUCUAAUCCAGGAGACGGUCUCCUUUCCUUGGUACAAGCUGAUAUCACCACUCUGAGCAAGUUGUGGCUAUCAGCUUUACAAGAUCAUGCACUACUUACUCUGCCUCCGGAGAGCAGCCAUCAGCUUCCAUCACCUGGCGGAAUGUUCUACACUUCUGAAACUAGUGGUGCAGCCAGACCACACUAUCUGGCUUCCUGGGCUCCCAUUCUUCAUGCUACCUCUUUGUGGCUCAGCAACACUGGCUUCCUACUUGCAGACUCAGAUGAAGCUGGCAGCCGACUUUCCCGUCCUGUCACUCCGACUACUAUGGGACAAGAGCGUAGCAACAGGGUGCCAAUUAAGUCUCCAGAAGAUUUGAACUCAGAGAAGUUUCACCUAAUUCUUGGAAUUUGUGUAGAAUUUCUGUGUUGUCUCCCUGUGGAUGCUCCUAUGGAGAGAAUUGCUGCUUGUCUGCGGGCUAUGAAGGCAUUAUUUCAAAGUAUCUGGCCGAGAGCUCAUGUAGGGGCUGAUCAGGAACUUGCCAUUGAGUUGAUUUCUGUAUUGCACCGAUUGCUGUUAAUGCGAGAGUCCUCAGAAAUACAGUUGCUGGCCUUAGAAGUUGCAAAGCAAAUCUUGAGUGCAACUCAAGAACAUGUACAAGAGAGAAGGAGGAGUGCAGAAGUCGACGAUGGAGCUGAGGAGAAGGAAACAUUACCAGAGUUUGGGGAAGGACAUGAUACUGGUGGCUUGGUGGCUGGUCGUUCCCUAGUACUUGCUGCAUUGGAGUUAUGCCUUUGUAUCCUCAUCAGACAAUUACCCCAGCUCAGUCCUCGCCUCUCAGGAAGUAUUACUGGAAGACAUGCAACAAAGCAACCUCUAUCACAUGAUUCAAACUUACUAAUUUCUGCUUCUCUCAGCAUUCUAGCAGAGCUGCCGUGCCUCUGUUCUCCAGAAGGCAGCGUGUCAAUCCUUCCUACUCUGCUAUACCUAGUGGUGGGUGUUUUACAGUACACAUCUGAAAAAUACCCUGAUGGGCGUCUGUCCCUAGCAGUAACCUCUGUUUUGCAAGCUUUAAAAGCUAUUGUGUCAUCUCCAAUGUCGCGAGUAGAGAAAACCAGAGCCUCAUGGAACAGUCUUCUACGCAGUUCUGCAUCCACCACGCUUCUGUUCUGGGAUUCAGAAGAAGAAAAGGACAGAAUAGCCCUGCUGACUGCUUUAACAAUAUUCCUUCUGUCCGCUAAUCCAGAGGUGAUGUGUGAGCCUGGAUUGCAGAAUGCCUGUUUACAGAGAUUUCGUUAUUGCACUGACAGCAAGGACCCUAAUGAGCAGUUAAAAUGCUACCGUCUGAUCUUGUCGAUUUUCCAGCAUCCUGCUCAUAAUGUUGUUGCCCCAUAUAUUUGUGACUUGGCACCUCGUGUCGUACAUCAUUUAAGUCUUGCUGAUAGCAGAAAACCUCAAAGCCAGGCUGAGCUUUUAGUCCUGCAGGAAGGUGUGCGACUGCUGCAGGCUCUUAUCACUGCCAGUCUGGAAGAGAACCGUCCCCUCAUUGUGUCUAUGGUAUUCCAUCUACUCAUCUCUUUUCUUUUGGAUGAAAAUACACUCUGUUCUGCAUCCCCAUGCUCCAGAGCUCUUCAUGACUUUGGCCUUCAAAAUCUUACGAAGUUUGGCACUAGCCAUCCGGAUCAGUUUCGUCAUCUAAUGAAUUCUUCCACAGCACUACGCUCUCGCCUAGAGGCUGCUCUUCGAGGCAAUCAAGAAAGCCUCAAACCUAAACCUCGUGUUAUCAGGGGAGGGGGACAAGGUUCCCCAAGCAUCCAGCUAAAGACAAACUUUUUGUGAAAUCUCCUCCACUCCUUGCAGCCUUAAUGCUUUCUCACAGCUUUUACAAUUAAUAUCAGAAGUGCCUGUGACACAGAGAAGACAUGCAGGUCUUUCAGUUAAUGAAAGGAGUGAAAGUUUUUCAGUAUGUGACAAGUUAAUACAUCUUAAUAAUCCGAUGCCUUAACAAACUGGUUGUUAAUUGUAUUAAUGUAACACUUUCACUGACCCAGUGGUUUCACCUGAUGCAUUAAAUAGCAGUUUCUCAAGACCAUUUCAAUACUAAAUUACUCGAAUUGUAAAAGUGCAAAUGUAAUAAAGGGCAA